CCUGCGGGAGGGCGUGCUGGACUUCAACGCCGACCGCCUGCGCGUGGUGGACUGGGCGCCGCUCCUGAGCACCCUCAAGAUCAACAAAGACCUGCCCCUCAUCUGCAUCAGGAGCAGCUUCCAGUUGGGGCUUGGGGCAGCAGGUUCGUGGUUCCCGCCUGCGGGGCCCUCGGGCGGGCCGCGAAGCGGCUGCUCAGGUGUCAGCGGCACCCUGGCCUAGGAGCGGUGCCUGGCGCUGCGUGCGUGCGGCGCCCUGGGCGUGCGACUUGCGACCUUACUCCCCGGCUGGGCGACCCUGGGCGAGUCGCUGAGGUGUCGGGGGUUUGUUACUCUGAUGGUUACGGCCCUUAUGACCCAACCCACUUUGUGUGUUGAUUGCAAGGAUUCCCUGAGUCCAGGAUGCUCAGAGUGCUUAGGAGUUUGAGAGCCUUUCUGCAUUGGGCAUAAGAAAGCAUUUUUACGACUUAUUUGAACAAAAAAAUUGUGUCUAGAGAACACAAGAAAUAAUUAUUGUCAUCAAUUAAAUAUCGAUUUUUCUACCUUAAAACAUUGGGCAGAUGUUAACAUAUUUUAUUGGAUGUGUUUAUUUUCGGGUAUAGAAGUACGGAAACAGUAAAUUAAUGCAUUUCAACCUCUAUUUUCAGAAAUACGGGUGAAGAAAUUUUGUAAAGUGCUUUACAAGUAUAUGGCGUGUACAAGGAUAGGGUAAUAUAGUUGGGAAUACAAACCCUCUCGAUUAUUUAAAAACUGGUAAAUCACAAUAUUUGACAAAACAAUGUUCUUUCUAGUAAUUAGCACAAUAUUCUGGACAUAAGAGGGGAACCAAAAGAAGCUUAACUUUUCUCAUUAGUAACUGUCAAAUGAGCGUAAAAGAUUUGGUAAGAGAUGAAUGUAGAAAGUAAUGUGUUAGCUUCAAAGUGGAGACAGAUUUUUCAAAAGCAAUGUUUUGGAUCUAUUUUGAAGAGUCGCUUCCUGGCCCUUCAGUCUCCAUUCCUUUAGGCUGUUGGCUGAAGCAACCAUGACUCUUGAGACUUCCUGCCAUAUACAGUGAUUGUGACCACUCUGCUUCUUGGGGGAUUAUAUUUAAGAUUACCUACUAGGAUGCACGAUCCUAUUUCUUAAUGCUGUUUCUCCAUUUGUUUGUUUGGUUUUUUUUCCUUUUCAAAUGUAGGUGUAGAAUCUACUCUUCCUCCCUGGAUCACAGGUUUAAAGCAGAAAAAAAAGGAAGAAAAAAUACAUAUAUGAGGAGACAAAAGGCAUUCCAUCUUCUACCAUUCGGGGACAACUUUUUUAAACAUCUCAUGUAGUUAAUUCUCAUUGUGCAUUCCGUAUUUGUAAAUUCAGUUAAAUUUAGUUGUUAGUUUCUUUAAGAGGAGUUGUCAUCUCAGGAAAUCACACAGGUAUCGGAGGCAGCCGAUAGCCUGAGUUCUAGAGCUCACACUCUGAUCUGGGUGGGGUAGGUUACUGCUUGAAUUACAGUUCUUUCCUGUACAAAGGCAUGAGAACAACUCUGCUGGAUGCUGAAGAUGAGAGCAGGUUGCUCAUAUCAGUGAGCUUGUUCUGCAUCCUUCCUGACUGAGGGAGGCAGCUAGCAAACAGCCUUCUCUCCCCUGUUGUGGAAGCAGCAUGCCAGGAUGUGGAAUUGAGGGGGCUCAGGAAAGGUUUCUCGGGGGAGGCACCAUCCUUCAAAGAAUGUACAGAAGCCAGAUGAAGGGAUGGAGCGGUCUGAGCAGAAGUCUUGGAAAGAGGAGAGAGACUAUGGCAGGCAGAUGGGAACUGAGACUGAGGGUUUCAAACAGUUCAGACUAGCAGUGUGGUGGGAGCAGGCCAGAUCAAGUAGGGUGUCAGGGAGAUUGGUGUUUCUGCUGAAGGGCACAAGAAGCCACGGAAGGAUGUUGAGAUGGGCAAUCUGCUUUGGAGCUCAUGGUAACCUUCGCAUGGGAGGCCAGCUCAGAUUGGAAAAAGGCUGAAUUGUAAUCCACUGGACUAAUGGAGGUGAAGGGUUAAAGUCAAGACGCUGAAGAAGAGGACUAGUUAGCAGAGGGAGGGCUGUAGGCUUGAGUGGCACUUUGGAGGACAGCACAGUAGGCGUAGUGGUGAGGAGGUCUUCUGUGGUGCCAUCUUGAUGUGUCCCAGUGUGCAGAUCAGAGACAGGAGGAUGGCUAAGUGAAGGUGGGAGAGGCCUGAAGACUGAGAAUUACAAACAGGAAAGGGUUUUGUAAAAAAUGGAUGGACUUGAAUAUGUUUGUAUCCUGACAGAAAGUUGCCAGCCAGAUUUGUUUAAAAACCUGACCUCUCGUCCUAGGCUCCAAGGUCGCCACUGUCUUUGACCCCUUCUGCAGGGACCGCUCAGCACACCCUGCUAAAAAGAAGUAGCUGCAGCCUCGGGUGUUAGAUGUGUUCCGUACCCUUGGAGGGACUGGAUCAUAAUCAUAACAGAAAUCAAAAGCAAUGAGCGGUUCUAACGUAAGUAAGGUUUGCAGAAGCCGGGUGCCUGCGAUAAGAUCCAAAGAUAUGACCUUCCAGCUAUGUAAAGCUCUUAAAGGCUGUUUAAGCGUGUCAAGCAUGCUGAGGAACCUGGCGCUAAAUGGGCUAGUCCUGAGAGAGAGAGAUUUAACUAUUUUGAUAAAGGGAUUGAAUAAAUCUACUUCUUUGGUGCACCUGUCUCUUGCACAUUGCCCAAUUGGAGAUGGAGGCUUGGAAAUUAUUUGUCAAGGAAUAAAGAACUCUGUCACUCUUAAGACAGUCAACUUCACGGAGUGUAAUGUGACGUGGCAGGGAGCAGAUCACAUAGCCAAGAUCUUAAAGUACCAGGCGAUAAGGCGGCACGAGGAGACCUGGGCAGAGAGCCUGCGCUACAGGAGGCCCGACCUGGAUAGCAUGGCAGGCCUGCGGCGUGUCACGCUCAACUGCAACACGCUGGUGGGCGACCUGGGCGCGCGCUCGCUCGCGGACUCACUCAGCGAGGAUCUAUGGCUUAGAGCACUUGACCUGCAGCAGUGCGGCCUCACCAGUGAUGGAGCCCAGGCUUUGCUGAAGGCCCUGGAGACCAACAGGACUCUGGUGGUUCUGGAUAUAAGGAGAAACCCGCUCAUUGAUCAUUCGGUGAUGAAAGCAGUUAUCAAAAAAGUUCUCCAGAAUGGAAGAAGUGCUAAGUCAGAGUACCAGUGGAUAACUUCUCCAUCUUUGAAGGAAUCAUCUAAAACUGCUAAACAGAAAAAAAGAACUAUAAUUCUAGGAAGCAGUCGAAAAGGAAAGGCUACUAUCAGAAUUGUUAUUUGGAGACACAGAGGAUUGGCCACCAAGAAACCUGCAAGCAGCGGAAGAAAACACACCACUGGUAAAGAAUGCUAUGCUCCUGAACCUCUGCCUCCUGGGGUGGAUGGUUUCUUGCCCUGGCGUACUGCAGAACGUGCUAAGAGAAGCAGGGGUUUUCCGCUACUCAAAACUCAAGAUAUCCCUAAUCAGCUGCAGUCAUCAGAUUUUCCUGUCACGGUGACAGUAGAGAGUCCUUCAUCCUCAGAGUUUGAGGAGAUAGAUGAUUCUUCAGAAAGUGUUCAUGAAGUGCCAGAGAAACCCAGUGUAAAACAUGACGUGUUACAGGGAAAACUGGAGGAAUGCCUAACGCAGUUAAAGGAGGAAAGAGUGAUAAGGCUGAAGGCGGAUAAACGAGUCAGUGAGCUGGAACAAGAAAACGCCCAGUUAAGAAAUAUAAAUUUCUCUUUGUCCGAAGCCCUUCAUGCGCAGUCAGUGACAAACAUGAUCCUGGAUGAUGAAGGCGUCCUGGGCAGCAUUGAGAAUUCCUUCCAGAAGUUCCAUGCUUUCCUGGAUCUCCUUAAAGAUGCCGGACUUGGACAGCUUGCCACAAUGGCUGGUAUAGAUCAGUCAGAUUUUCAUUUACUAGGCCGUCCCCAGAUGAACUCUACUGUUAGUAAUCUACCUGAAGAAGAAAAGAAGGCACUUGAAGAAGAGAAAACGGAGCCAAAGCAGAAUGCUGUAGGACGAAUGCAAAAUAUCCAAGUUUCUAUUUGUAUGCAGUCAGCUUACAAUGAAGGAACAGUAAUGCAGUUUCAGAAAUUUACAGGUGAUGCUAGAAUUCCUUUGCCUCUGGACUCUUCCCACGUUCCAGUUUCUACUCAGGAGAUCGUAGUGACUUCCAGAGAGAGCCUGGGGACCCCAGCCCCUGAGCAGCCGCAGCAGCAGCAGCAGCAGCAAGACUCUUUUGAAGGAUUCGUUGCUAGAACAUGUUCUCCUCCAGCAGAGAAGACUGCUGGAACCGGCAGUCACAGAGAGGAGGAGGAGCUGUCUAGAAACAGCAGAUCCCCCUCAGAGAAGACGAGCAAAGCAGGUGAACACACCAGAAAGCACUCUACUAAGAAGCAGCCUGGAAAGGACCUGCAUUCCUCGUCUGACUUGCCUGUGAGCUGGAAAAACAAAGGAAUGAGGGAAAACAGUUCUUUAGUUAAUGAACCAAUUAAAAGUGAGUCUUUGAAAAAAUUUACUUCUGUCAAGAAAGAAAGUAGCAUAGUGACUGUUUCAUCCAAGACAAAUAAAAGUAAAAAUAAUCCACUGGAACAUUCUGAAAGUGGAUCCGACUCUGAAAUUCCAGAAAGCAUACAUUCUCUGUCACACUUGACAUAGGUCUACCUUUGAAUUAUGUUUUUGCCUUCCAAUUUUAAUAAAUUUUCUCAUGUUUUUA